GCCGUGGAAGAUGGCGACGCCCGGAGGGACGGACAGAGCUUCCCACAGUCUGGACAAGAGCAUCACGCUCCCUCCCGACGAGAUAUUCCGCAACCUGGAGAACGCCAAGAGGUUCGCUAUAGAUAUAGGUGGUUCUUUGACAAAGCUCGCCUAUUACUCCACUGUUCAGCACAAAGUAGCCAAAGUCAGAUCAUUUGAUCACACGGCGAAGGGAGGUUUUCAGCACGACUCAGAUGGAGAGCCGCUCUAUGAGAUAUCAGUACAGGAGGAGAUCACCGCUCGUCUUCACUUCAUCAAAUUUGAGAAUACAUAUAUAGAAACGUGUCUGGAUUUCAUUAAAGACCACCUAGUUAACACAGAAACCAAAGUCAUCAAGGCCACUGGAGGUGGGGCUCACAAGUUCAAAGAUCUGAUUGAGAAAAAGUUAAAACUCAAAGUGGACAAAGAGGAUGAGAUGACCUGUCUGAUCAAAGGCUGUAAUUUUGUGCUGAGGAACAUCCCUCAUGAAGCUUUCGUUUAUGCUAAGCAUGCCGACUCUGAAUUCCGUUUCCAGAAUACACACCCAGACAUCUUCCCUUAUCUCCUUGUUAACAUUGGCUCUGGAGUUUCUAUUGUUAAGGUUGAAUCGGAGGACAAAUAUGAGCGCAUUGGUGGGAGUUCUAUCGGCGGUGGUACCUUUUGGGGUCUUGGAGCUUUGCUCACGAAAACUAAGAGAUUUGAUGAGCUUUUGCAGUUGGCCUCCAAGGGGCAGCAUACCAAUGUGGACAUGCUGGUGAAGGACAUCUACGGGGGUGCGUACGGCUCUUUAGGGUUAACGGGAGACCUCAUAGCAAGCAGCUUCGGCAAAUCGGCAACCGCAGACAAAGAGUUCUCCAAAGAAGACAUGGCCAAGAGCCUGCUGCACAUGAUCAGUAAUGAUAUUGGGCAGCUGGCCUGCCUGUACGCCAGACUGCACAACCUGACCAGAGUGUACUUUGGAGGAUUCUUCAUCCGUGGACAUCCUGUCACCAUGCACACCAUCACCUACAGCAUCAACUUCUUCACCAAGGGAGAAGUGCAGGCUUUGUUUUUAAGACAUGAAGGCUAUUUAGGGGCCAUUGGGGCAUUUUUGAAAGGAGCAGAAGAAGACAAUCCGAACCAGUACAGCUGGGGUGAGAACUACGCUGGCAGCUCGGGUCUGAUGAGCGUCUCCCCAGAUCUGAACCCCAUGCAGCGAGCUCGCAGUGGCACAUUUGAUAUGCUGGAGAUGGACCGUCUUGAGAGGCAGCUGGUGAACCUGCCCCUCCUGCAGGACCCCUCAUCCUACAUCCCUGACACUGUCGACCUGACAGAGGAUGCACUGGCCAGAGAAUACUGGCUUUACUGUUUUGAGGAAGCACUGGAUGGGGUGGUGAAGCGAGCAGUGGCAAGCCAAAGAGACCAGCCCGAGGCAGCCGAGAGGGCGGAGAAGUUCCGGCAGAAGUACCGGCACAAGCUGCAGACACUCCGCCACCAGCCUUUUGCUUAUGGAUCCCUCACUGUUCGAAGUCUGCUGGAUACAAGAGAACACUGUCUGAACGAGUUUAACUUCCCUGACCCCUAUUCUAAGAUAAAGCAGCGGGAGAAUGACAUGGCGCUGAAGUAUUACCAGAAGGUGGUGAAGUCUCUGGAGGAGCUGAGUUGGGAUCAGAGGCAGUUCGCUCUGGUUAGAGGUCUUCUAGCUGGCAACGUGUUUGACUGGGGGGCCAAAGCUGUGUCUGAUGUUCUUGAAUCAGAUCCAGAGUUUGGAUUUGAACAGGCAAAACACCAGUUACAAGAGCGACCGUGGCUUGUGGAUGCCUACAACCAGUGGAUUGAAAGGCUGAAGGGUCCUCCUCAUAAAUGUGCGUUGUUUUUCGUAGAUAAUAGUGGAAUGGACAUAAUUCUGGGAGUUUUCCCUUUUGUAAGAGAACUCCUCAUCAGAGGCACAGAGGUUGUCCUCGCUAGCAACUCGGGCCCCGCUCUGAACGACGUGACGAACAGUGAGCUGCAGAUAGUCACUGAGAGAAUAGCUGCUAUGGAUCCUGUCAUCCAGGCUGCAGUAAAAGAGGACAGGUUAACGUUAGUUCAGAGUGGAUCAAGUUCACCCUGUUUAGACUUGAGUCGACUGGACAAAGUCUUGGCCACUGUGGUGCGAGAGCGCAGCACGGAUUUGGUGGUUAUAGAGGGCAUGGGCCGUGCCAUCCACACCAACUACUAUGCCAUGCUGAGCUGCGAAAGCCUCAAACUGGCUGUCAUCAAAAACUCCUGGCUGGCCGAGCGGCUUGGAGGCAAGAUCUUCAGCGUGGUCUUCAAGUAUGAGGUUCCGUCAAAAACCCAGGGGCAAUAUUAAAGCAAUGUUUUUCUUUUUUUUUUUUCACAUCUCAAUUGUGAGGUUACCAUGGUGAGCACUAGCAGGCCCCCUAGAGCCCCCCCCAGUCACUUCUGUGCCUCUGUGCCACUUCCUGAGAUUGACGUGAUGAUUGUAUAUGCGAUGGAAUUGGUUUUUCAAUCCAAAUCAAUAAUAAGUGAGCCACAGCCAUCACAAGUAGGUGUGUGCCUGCUUUGAAAUUGAAUGUGCUUCUGAAAUGACCACUGUUAUAAUGUUUGGAUGGGCUUUUUUUUUUUUUUUUUUUGUGAUGAGAUUGAGUUGAGCUGUUCUCCAGUCAGAUUCCAUCGCCUAGAGGCAUCCCGCAGGAUUUGGAAUAGACCGAAAUAACUCGGGGAAGGUGAGAUUUCAAUUUAGCCCGUGUGCAUGGCCUUAGUUAGACCCACCCAUGUUAGGCAAACAAUCAAUAUAAAAACAAUAGAAAGGAACCCGAAGAACAGAUGAAAACAUAAAAUAUUAACAGGACAUCACUUUGAAGUUCUGUGCAGUAGAGCUGAAAGAUUAAUCGCAUUUUUAUUACGGUCCUAUAGUCGAUUAUCAACAAAAAAAGACGGUUCACCAGUCAAGAAAAUGAUUAUAUAUAGAACCAUGAACACUCAAAGAACCCUAUACAACCCUAUACAAAACUAUACAAAACCAGCGAUACUGGUCUGAAAAAUCGCAAUUAGAUAUUUUUGCCAAAAUCGUUCAGCUCUACUGUGCAGCUUUCUUCAUAUUAUGUUGCACAUUCGGUCUCAUUUGCGCUCGGACUCGCUUCAAAUAAUCAGCUCACAGCUGCCCUCUGAAUAGAGCUCAGCCACGCCACCUCGACUGAACGGCGUUCUAAGUCACUUUAGCUGACGUGGUGCUUCGAGGCUAACCUCCCGUCUCUGUUCAGACAGUUUGAGGUGAAAGCAUUGAGCAGUAUUGAGAUGUUGAGCUUUUUGUGUGAUUUUGAUGGGUAAAAUUUAACGUAAUGUAUAUGUGCCUUGACCCUCAGUCAGUGUGGUGUGCCAGGAAAUUUUGCAUGAAAUAGUAUUCAAGUUACACACUGUACUACAUUUUUUCUCUCACUGCCAUUUGGAAAAGCUGCCGAAAUGAUGAAUGCAAGAUUUCGGUCUGUGCUGGGGUAAAUUUAAAGGGCCCAUAUCAUAGCAAAGCAGAUUUCUCUCGCUUUUUGUAAAUAACAUGAAGUAAUACGUAAAGAUUGUUCAGUUUUUAGUUUUAAAAUGUUCCACUCACUUUGCAGUCCAUACUGUCCAUAUAUGGAAACUGUGCUGCAAAAAAACAGGCUGUUCGUAGUUCAUUUUUUUUCUGUAAUCUCACAAGAACUCAUUUACAUGAAUGCACAAAUUCAGCCUGAAGCAGGUUAGUCCCGCCCAUUAAUGCUGAAGUUAUAAGGAGUGUUUCAGCCUGGACUGCUUUGGGAAUGAGGCAAAAUACAGGGCAGCCAACCAGAACAGAGCUCAUUUACACAGUUAAAGGCACAGUAACCAAUAAAGCCUGUUUAAUAAUUAAGUUGGAAUGCUAAUUAUGACCGUUUUUGGUGCAUAAAACUACACAAAUAUUAGAAGUUGACUGGAGGAUAUGGGUCCUUUAAAUGUUCAGUGUUUAAAACAGCUGUAGCACCUCACCACCACUAGGUGUCUGUGUUUCACCAUUAGUCGGCCACUAAAGGAGCCUGUAUUCUGUUUUUAAUGCGAGUGGUGUUUGGACAUGUGAGCAGCAGAUGAUUUUACUGUCUUUGCUGCAAGGAAUUGAGCUGCUUCUUUAAACUGAAUGCGUUGCAACUGGAAGCAUUUUAAUCCAUGUGCUCUUACUUUCGGCACCGUUUUAAUUUCAUACCUGUUUCCCAGUGUUUCUCAGAUGCUGUUGGAGUUGCACUGAACUGCGUAGCAUCGUUUUCUCUGCUCUGACAUGACUGAUUCCUCAGGCCUAAUUAGUUGAAUCUGCUGUGUAGCCAUGCAGUUCUGUGGCCCUUCAGGACUGGAUAUAUAAUGGAAUUCCACUGAUUUCUGCAUAAUUAAGUGGUUGAAAUAUAACCAAAGACAUUUAGAGUGGUUUGAUGUGCUACAUUGUAGAGAAUCAGUUAUGGUUAAUAGUUAAUUACUGUGGUGGUGUUAGAAACCGAGGUUCUCAGUAUCUAAAGCGCAACUAUAGUGAUUCUACACUUUAGGCCAAAACUUUCUUAUAGACUGAUCAGGCGUAACAUUCUGACCACCUCACUGUCCACUUUAUCAGCUCCACUGACCGUAUAGCUGCACUCUGUAG